AUGGCUCCUAUCAAUCCUAUUCGUAAUUACGACUUCCUCGUUAUUGGAGGUGGCAGUGGUGGUGUCGCCUGCGCCCGUCGUGCUGCCAAAUACGGCGCCAAGGUCUUGCUUAUUGAAACCAAAUACAAGAAAUUAGGUGGAACUUGUGUUAAUGUCGGUUGUGUCCCUAAGAAGGUCAUGUGGUAUGCUGCUGACUUGGCUCAUAAGAAGCACCACUUGAAGGCUUAUGGAUUAACUGAAGAAACUCAAGUUACCAACUUUGGUGAUUUUGCUUGGGGCGCUAUCAAAGAAAAGAGAGAUGCCUAUGUCACCAGAUUGAAUGGUAUCUAUGCCAACAACCUCAAUCGUGAAGGCGUUGACUACUUGUAUGGCCAUGCCAGAUUCAACGAACAAGGUAAUGUCGAAGUUAAGUUGACGGGUGAACAGGAAAUUUCAUUUUUGGAAAAGGACAAGGUUUAUCAAAAGGGCGAUUCGUUUGUCUUUUCCGCUGACAAAUACUUGAUCACUUCCGGUGGUGCUCCAAUUGUCCCUCCUCAAGUCCCAGGUGCUGAAUUAGGUAUUACCAGUGAUGGAUUCUUUGAUUUGGAAAAGCAACCUAAAUCAGUUGCCGUUGUUGGUGCUGGUUACAUUGGGGUUGAAUUGAGUGGUAUUUUCAACAGUUUUGGUUCAGAAACCCAUUUCAUCAUUAGAGGUGACACUGUGUUACGUUCUUUUGACGACAUCAUUCAAACUACAAUCACCGACCAUUAUGAGCAAAAGUUGGGUAUCAACAUGCACAAGCAAUCCGGGGGUGUUGUCAAGGUUGAAAAAGGUGACAAUGGCAAGAAGAUUGUUCAUUUAGGUAAUGGAAAGGUUCUCGAAGUUGAUGAAUUAGUUUGGACCGUCGGAAGACACUCAUUGCUUGAUAUUGGAUUAGAGCAUGUUGGCGUUGAUGUCAACCACAAGCACCAAAUUGUUGUUGACGAGUAUCAACAAACAUCCAACCCCAAGAUCUUCUCAUUAGGAGAUGUUGUCGGUAACUUUGAAUUGACUCCUGUUGCCAUUGCUGCUGGUCGUAAAUUGUCCAACAGAUUAUUUGGUGGACCACAAUUUGCCAAUGAAAAGUUGGAAUAUGAAAACAUUCCAUCGGCUAUUUUCUCCCAUCCUGAAGCUGGGUCAAUUGGAUUAUCUUCAACCCAAGCUAUCAACAAGUAUGGUUGUGACAAUGUCAAGGUUUACAAUUCCAAAUUCACUGGGAUGUAUUUUGCUAUGAUGGAUAGCGAUGCUGACAAGGCACCAACUGUUUAUAGAAUUGUCUGUGCUGGCCCAGAAGAGAAGGUUGUGGGACUUCAUCUUGUGGGUGAUUAUUCUGCAGAAAUCUUACAAGGUUUCGGGGUUGCUAUCAAGAUGGGUGCUACCAAGAAGGAUUUCGACAACUGUGUUGCUAUCCACCCAACUUCUGCCGAAGAAUUAGUUACCAUGACUUAG